CGCCGUUCAACCGCGCGCGUGCGCGCGACACACAAAAACACUUCGGAAGACGUCCAACUUCUAAACGUCCCGUGGCUUUUCUUUCCUGUGCCGGCGAAGCGCCACCAAGUUCACGGCUUCGUAACACCCGCCCUCGUGUUGCCUCGCUUUCUUUUCUUCAACUCGCGCACGAGGGUUCCCCCACAAAGUUGUGCGUGUGUGUGUGCUUUCGUUAUUCUUUCUUCGCGAGUCGAGUUUUGCUGGAGCUGUGCCGAGCUUCGCGUGAGCUUGUUUUUCGCAACGCCACCCAGUAGUAGCCGGUCACUUUUACUCGAAUGCUGAAAGAAAAAAGCGCCGUGAUGGGCCUUCUUGCGGAGCAGACGAGCGCGGACCAGUUGUGUUUUGGACGACAACACGUUUUCGCCGUUGCCUGAAGAAGUGGAAUACCUUGUGAGUCCCACGCAAGUUUGUGCGAGAUUCGCUUCAAGCGUUCGUGUGCCUGACAGGAGCAAGUUUGAACGGUUUUGUUUUCGAUUGGUGCCGGUGCUUCGAUUAGAGUGCUCGCCUGGCGAACUGAUCCCGGAUUUCGGACGGCCCUCUGCGACCGAACCGCUGAGGCAUCAUGGAUUACUGGAAGCAGGCGAUGGAGAACGCCUUGCACUCCCGAGACCGGGUCGGAGUGCAGGACUUCGUGCUGCUCGAGGAUUUCGAGAGCGAGCAGGCCUUCGUUGAGAACCUCCGGAAGCGCUUCACCGAGGACCUCAUCUACACUUACAUCGGGCCCGUGCUGGUUUCGGUGAACCCUUACCGGCGCGUCGACAUCUACAGCGACGACUACGUCAACCUCUACCGAAAUGCAAACUUCUACGAACUUCCUCCGCACGUGUUCGCCAUCUCGGACGCGGCCUACACGAGCAUGCACGAGGAGUGCCGCGACCAGUGCAUCCUCAUCUCCGGCGAGAGCGGCGCCGGCAAGACCGAGGCCUCGAAAAAGGUGCUCCACUACGUGGCCGCCGCCAGCCACCACUCGGACGCCGUGGAACGCGUCAAGGACAAGCUGCUGCAGUCCAACCCCGUGCUAGAGGCUUUUGGAAAUGCCAAGACGAAUCGUAACGACAACUCAAGUCGAUUUGGCAAAUACAUGGACAUUGAAUUCGACUACUUGGGCGCCCCGGUGGGAGGUCAUAUCCUCAACUACCUGCUGGAAAAAUCUCGUGUAGUGCAGCAGGGCUCAGGAGAGCGCAACUUCCACAUCUUCUACCAGCUCAUCGCAGGUGCCGAGGAUGCACUACUCGAAAAGUUGUCGCUUCGUAGGGACCCCACCUUCUACUAUUACCUCAACCAGGGAGACAGCACAGAAGUAUUUGGAAUUGACGAUACAACACAGUUUAGAACUGUCAGGGAUGCCCUCUCAGUGAUUGACUUUUCACUCAAGGAAGAAGAGGAGAUAUUCGCCAUAGUCGCCACUGUCCUUCACCUCGGCAACACUGGAUUUGUUGAGGAAAAUGGUGAAGCCAUUAUUGCGCAGGACAAGCCUGUUGCAGCCAUUGCGAAGUUGCUUUGUUGCCCUGAGGAAGUACUGAGGGAUGCUUUGACCAACCGGACAAUUGAAGCUAGAGGAGAGUUGGUGACAACACCACUGAACCGCGACCAAGCAAUCUAUGCCCGAGAUGCACUGGCCAAAGCAAUCUAUGAACGCCUCUUCAAAUGGCUAGUGGAAAAGAUAAACCAUUCGCUGAAGCCACAGAAGACUCGCUCAUCUGAGCGGAGGACCUUGAUGGGCUUGCUGGACAUCUACGGAUUUGAAGUCUUCAAGAAAAACAGCUUUGAGCAGUUUUGCAUAAACUACUGCAACGAAAAGCUGCAGCAGCUCUUCAUCGAGCUCACACUAAAGUCUGAGCAGGAAGAGUACUACAGAGAAGGCAUUGAGUGGACUCCAAUCAACUACUUCAACAACAAAGUCAUCUGUGAUCUUGUGGAGGAAAAGCACAAGGGCAUCAUCUCAUUGUUGGAUGAGGAGUGCCUCAGGCCUGGUGGUGCCACGGACAAGACAUUCCUCUUCAAGAUGGAGCAGACCAUUCGCAUGCAUCCUCAUUUUGUAACGCACAACCUGGCCAGCAACAAACUGAAGAAAAGCAUUGCUAGGGAUGAGUUCCGGCUCAUUCAUUAUGCUGGUGAUGUAACCUACAAGAUAGAAGGAUUCCUCGACAAAAACAAUGAUUUGCUGUUCCGCGACUUGAAGAAGGCAAUGGCUGGGGCUGGUAACAGCAUCAUCAAGGAUGCGUUUCCGGAGUCGGAACUUCUGAGCAAGAAACGGCCACCUACUGCAGCCACGCAGUUCAAGCUGAGCUUGCAGGAACUCAUGGAGAUAUUGAUGUCUAAAGAGCCUUGGUAUGUCAGGUGCAUCAAACCGAAUGACUUCAAGCAGGCAUCCAAGUUUGACGAAAAAGUGGUGGGCCACCAGGUUCAAUACUUGGGCCUCCUGGAGAACCUGAGGGUGCGCCGCGCCGGCUUUGCAUACCGACGGCGAUACGAGACGUUCCUGGAGCGGUACAAGUGCCUCUGUCCCGAGACUUGGCCCCGGUACCGAGGUGGUACUGCCAAGGAAGGUGUGGCUGCCCUCAUCAAACACCUCAACUAUGACUCUGAGGAGUACUCGAUGGGACACACAAAGCUCUUCAUCCGGUUUCCAAGAACCUUGUUUGAAACUGAGGAUGCAUUUCAGCAAAGGAAGCAUUACUUGGCAUCUGUGAUUCAAGCAGAAUUUCGAUGCUACUCUGCAAGAAAGAAGUACCUGAAGAUGCGAAAGCAGGCGAUUCUGAUCGAGAACUCUUGGCGGAGGUACCAGGCACAGUGCCUGCUGGAGAAAAGGAGGAAUGCAGCAACCGUCAUCAGAAGAUUCAUUAAGGGCUUCAUCACAAGGAAUGAGCCAGAGAAUGAUGUGAAUGCGAGGUUCGUGCGGCAAGUGCGAGUGGAGUUUCUCAAGAGGCUGGCGGCAAACCUUCCCACGAGCGUCCUUGACAAGUCCUGGCCCAAUGCACCGCUUGUGUGCAAAGAGGCCUCCGAGCUUCUGCACGGUCUUCACCGCAAGUGGUUGGUGCGGAAGUACUGCAAGUCCGUCACUCCGAAGAGGAAAGCACUGAUGGAGUGGAAGGUUGAAGCUGAGGCUCUGUUCGACGGCAAGAAGCAGAGCUACAAAAAGUCCGUGCCCCGGGAGUUCCAGGAGAACAGACUGCCCCAGGAGCUGGAACUGAGGAGAGAGAACAUGUUCGAGAAGUCUGUGAAGCACCAGGGCGAGGUGACCAUGUACUGUCUGGAGGUGACCAAGUACGACCGACACGGCUACAAGCCACGCGACCGAGUGCUCGUCCUGACUGACGCUGCCCUCUACUUGCUAGACCGAAAAGACUUCCGCUCCAAGCACCGCAUUCCCCUCAAGUCACUCGAGGGAAUCACAGUGAGCAGUUUGACGGAUGGCCUGGCAUUGUUCAGGAUACCACAAGAAAUGAAGCAGGACAAGGGAGAUCUCAUACUUGACAUGGGUUCCCACUUGGUAGAAGCGGUGUCCAAGAUCGCCAUGGCCUAUGGCCACAGGAACAUUGUCUCUGUCGACAAGAACAACUGUGUGGACCACAGGCUCUGUGGCGGCAAGCAAGGAACGAUAGACUUCAACAUGGGAGUCAACCCAGAGAUCAUCAAGGGAAAGAACGGGCAUCUUAUAGUGGUUGCCAUAGCUGCGCCUGAGCAAUGCUGACCAACUGGGUGCACGCGGAAUCGCCGAGUCAUGGAGGAGUACCCACGCCUUCUGCACAAGGAGAGAGCCGUAGUGUCGGCAUCUUCUUUUUGCAGCACAGUGUUGACUUUAGUGAUGCACAGCAGCAGUGCACUGCCUUUCUGCUGAGGAACGCAAGUCAUGUCGUCACCGCGUGCCUUGUUUUGUUAGAGUUGAGCACUUAUUUUCGUUAGCAUAUAAAGUGUACAAAAGACAUGCAUAUACACAUCCCUACCACUCGUAACACACUUAUACUUGUUUGUCAAGUGCCAUGACUUCUUUUGCAAUGCUGUUAUGUAUUAAACAAUAAGAAAGAAAUGAGAAAAACCAAAUGCAUACUUAAGCGAAACGAUUUGCCACGUUUGUGAAGCCAACUAAUCUUUCUUCUUCGGUGUUAUCCCGUGUUGACAAUCACUUUGUAUACGUGCAUUUGCGACAAGCCUUAAUUGUUGAUAAAGACGAUGAUGCUGUAGUAAUAUUUAUGAUGAAUAUUGGGGAAGAUACUGUGAUAUAAUCAUGACAUCGAUUGUCAGCUGUUUCUUUUUUUUACAAUAAAAACUUAUCAUGCACCAUA